UAAAGUCAAAUCAGUGCGUGCAAUGUUGUAAGUGAGUUCAUUGCCUAUAAUAGUCACAUUAUGAGGGGCUCCAGGGGUCAGACCGUCAUUUGCAAUGUACUGGAUUAUCCUGCACCAACAUUGCUUCAACACUGGUGCCCCAGAGAUGGCUUUACCUACAAUCCCAUCCAGGUGGAGUAGCCGGAAUCGAGUGUUGGAACAGCAAAUUGUUCGUCAGCGGGAUCAGGAGGAGCGCCUUCGCAUGCAGUGGGAACUGCACCAUCAGUACUUCAAAAAACAUGAUGUCCGGAGCAGCAAACAGGCGCAGUGGAGUUCAAGACAAUCUUAUCAGCAAAGUAUGGCAGCAUACCACCGAAAUCAACAGCAGCAGGAAAAGGUAUGUAAUCUGGAGCAAAGACGGAAAAAGCUGCAGUGCUUACUGCAAGAGGAACAAGAUCUCCUUGAAGCAGAGCUCCGUGAACUAAAGGUAGAUACAGGUCCUCUCAUCCAGGAUGCAAAGGAGAAGACUGAGGAACUGAAAUCUGCCCGUGAGGAGCGCAGGAGAAAGGUCGCCGAACAGCUGUUGUAUGAACACUGGAAGAAGAACAAUAAAGAACUGUGUCAAAUCCAGUCAGAUUUGCACAAGAUGCACGUGACAGACAGCUGGUCUUCACAAGUCACAGAAAAACGGCAGAAAGAAGAGGCAGAGAUGGAGGAGAAGAAAAGAUUAGAGAAUGAAUAUGAAGUUGCAAGGAAACAGGCCAUGGAACGAAUAAAGCAGGAAGAGGAGCGGAGAAGACAGGAAGACGUGAAGCAGGCAGAAAUUCUGCGACAGCAAAUGGAGGAACUGCGUUUACGGGAGGUUGAGGCCAAGAAUCUCAAGGCAGAACAGGAGAAAUUGUUGAAACAGCGAUGGGAGCUGGAGGAGCUGGAAGAGGAAAGGAAACAGUUGGAGUUGCGAAGAAAGAAAUCUGAGCUGGGCCGGAUACUGAAUCGUCAGUACAAGACGCAGAUGAGAAGACGUGCGCAGCAGAUUCAGGAAGAGCUGGAGAUGGAUCGUCAAUUUCUUGCAUCCCUGAUUGAAAAAGAAGAGGCAGACCAACACCUACAGUCAGCAAGGCGUGAACAGGCCAGGGCAGAUGCAACAUGGAUGAAGAAAGUAAUUGAGGAGCAGCUGCAGUUGGAGAGAGAGCGUGAGGCCGAACUGGACAGUAUAUUCAGGGAGGAGGCCCAACGUAUGUGGCAGAAACAAGAAGAAGAGUGGGAGAGAGAGAGACAAGCAAGAAUACGCUUAAUGCAGGAGGUACUUGUAGGCCGACAGCGGCAAAUCCUGGAUAGGAUUGAGAUGAACCGGCGCGCUCAAGAGGAAUCUGUUCAGCGUCGCGAGGAGCUGAUCCGGGAGCUAGAGGAAGUGAAAGAAACAGCAAAGCGAGAGAAGGAGGAAGAGGAGGAGGUGAAAACUGCUCGCAAGCAAGAGCUGACAGCGCAGGUUGCAGAACGGAGGAGACAGGAGUUGGAAGAGUUGCAACACCAACAGGAGGUGGAAAAUGAGGAAAGGCUUGCACAGAGAGAACAGGAAGAGAUGCUUCAACAUGAGGCUAAGCUGAUGAGGCAGCGAGGAUAUGAACCUAAGAUGUUCCACCGACCAAGAAUAGCCUGGACAUAGCUCAGAAGCUGAGAAAUAUAAGACUGGCUUGUGAAAUGUGAGUCUUGCCUUGGAAUGGAUUGAGUAUCUGGAUCAAAUCCACAUUACGUGACCUCUCAACAUAGCCAGACAGAGCCAAGUGUUCACUCCCUUUAUGUGAUGGAUGUUAUGGUAGACAAUUUGCACUUAAUUGAAGGAGAAACUCAACUCGGAAAGUUAGGUUGAAGUUCAUGUGAAACAACAGAGCUGUUUAAAUCUCUAAGGAUCUCUGAUUAGUAUACAUUAAAUAUGAAUGGUUCACAGGGCUUAACCACUUGGUUGCCUGGAAGAUUAUUCUUUCUCUAGUGGGUGGUUGGUACACAAAACCCAUGUUAUGCUGUUAUACAUGUUCUGAAGGCUCUACAUAAUCCUCAAUUCCUUCCAUUCAGGCUCUAAGAAAUUCAGAUCCACUAUAUUCCUCCAGCUUUGCAGUAGGUAAAUAAUUUUGCUUCCCACAGUACAAAUUAAAACAGCAUCUACUGAUAGACCAUUUCGAGGAAUUGUAAAUGUUAGUGGCAAAAAUAGUUAAUGGAUUCUCAAUCAGGGAAACCUAUAAGUCCCAGUAUUAACUAACAUUUGAACCAGAGUUUCUAUGAAGUAAAAGAAGGGGAAGCCUAAAACUGACAGAGUUUGGCCAGGACAUCCAGCAGGGAAAUGUUAAAGCAAGAGGGGAGAAGAACGCAAAAUUCCCUACCUGUGUGGUUUCAAGUGCGCUUCAACCAAGGUUGACCAAGCAGCACAAUUAAGUGUGUGGAACUGUGCAUAACCUGGGCUAUAUCUGUCUUCCUAGCAACAGGAAGUGACGUUCAUGAAAAGUAGGGCAGUGGGGGGGAUGGGAAACUCACACCCUGAGUUCAGGCAUCUUAGAAAACAUUACCAGAUAUUAAAAUGUUCAAUCCAUAACACAUCCUGAUUCUUUUUUUAUAUUACUGCAUUAACACUGUUGGUGUUUGCAAGACCAGCCUAAUAUAAUUAAUUGUUUAUGCUGUAAUGGGCCAUUUAACCUGGGUAUCAAAUGGUCAGACAGCUUUAUGGGUCAGGAAGAUUUCAUUAUGGUGUCUUGCGUUUGAAGGCUUUUAAUUCUUGCUGAAAGUAUGUGUCUGAGCUUUACAUUGGCGGUCUAGAAGUACUGAAGGGCGACAAUGAUCAGUUUCAGCACUCACUUGUUCUCCUGAUGGCCUUCAGAUUCUCACUUUCUUCCUAGAUUAGGAAUCAACAUUGGCAUACAGCAACAUUUUCUUUUUGGGCUGGCAAGUCGAAUUAGCUAUCAGCUAAUGAGGGUUUUACAUUGGUUUGUGUGACCCAGUUCUCCACUCCCUCACCAUAUUUCUAAUCUGGAGGGGAAGGAGGAAAGUAGAGACUGAGGAAGGGAAUUGGAGGCCUGGGGAAGAAGAUGAUCAGACAGUGCAAGAGAUGGAAGAUUGGCAUUGGUGCUGUGGCAUAUGAGUGAAUUGGGAGGCUUGGAAAGCAUACUGGAUGGAAACAGACAUAGGAAAAAAUAUGAUUUAAUAAAAUUCAACAAAAUAUUUUAAAUUGGAGAUUUCAAAACCAAAGUGGUGGGCUUAUUGGUAGAUUCUGAAUAUCAAUACAAAAUACUUUUAAAUUAUUGAUUUAAAAUUCUGGAGGAUGAUUAAAAACAGCUGAUUUCAGAUAACAUGUCUGAGCAUAAGAUUCGUGAUAAUUAUGUUUUUGAUAUGAAUUUUAUAAGUUUUUUUGCUUAGCUCAGGCUGUAAAGUCUUUCAAAAGUAAAUAAGCACUUGUGCACAUUUUGAAUAAACAUGUACGGAACUGACAUCUUUACUGCUGUGGUGUUUGAAUUCUCAAAUUAAAGAGCAUUAAACUGGAAAUGUUUAAUUUUAUUCACCCUGACCAAUGUCUACUUUAGACAUUGAUUGCCACACUGAAACUAACUUAUCCUAAUCUCAAAAUAAAUAUUUUAAAAAAGAUUUCUGAGUUUCAGGAAGCAGCUUCUGGCCACAUCAAAGGCAGAAAUGUUGCAUUAUCAGCCCUUCAUCCCAGCAUGUGCCUGCUUUAUCCUACCACAUUGCAGAAUUAUUUGCCAUCUAAGAUUGGGGAAGUAAAGUGUAUGACUGGAUAAGUCACAAUAGUAGGUUAAUUGCUCACUUCCGACAUUCAAGUAGGCCACAGAGGCCAGGAGAGGAACAAAAUCACAACUGGCAACUUUAGUUUGGAUUUUCAAUUUUAAGGCUGUACAUUUGAACAGCACCAAUUUAGAUUAAAUUUGGCUGCUUUACAAUUAAUAACAGACUGGAUUUUAUUUUGUACGAAUCCUUUCAACAAGGGAGGGUCAUUUAGGUCAUACCAUUGGAAUUAUCUUUGAGCUUUUUCUUGUUUAAGUAUACUUUUUACUGGCAAGAUGCAAUGUUAAAAUAGACUUUAAAUAUUCUUGAUGAGGCAGAGUUUAGGAAUAUGAAUAUAAACUUGGAGAUGAUUAAGUUGAGAGAAAUUAAGCUAACAUCUUUUAUAAAGUAUUGAGCAACUUGGGCUUUGAAGUCUUAGCUCUUUGUAAAUAGCAAUGGAAGUCUUAAGCAUCAUUUCGGUUUGCCACAGAAAUAUUCCCAUUGCUCUGUUAUUCCACCUGGAGUUGAUGGAGCUAAUCUGUGUGAAAUGUAAUUAUUUUAAUACAAACGAAAUAAACUAAAUUAACAAAUCAAGGGACAAAGUAAAAGGCAGCCCCUUAAAGGGAAACCGCAAAAACAAAAGACAAAAUUCAAAGGAAACUUACAAACAUUAAAUCAAAGUGUGAUUAAAGGGGUCGAUAAAGCACCCCAGUCACCACGAUGCCACCUUUGCUUAAUUAGCAGCUGUUCCUGUUCACAGCUGAUUUUUUUUUUUCACAAGAUGUGGGUGUUGCUGGCUAAGCUGGCAUUCAUUACUCAUCUCUAAAAACCCCUGAGAAGGUGCGUAACACUCAGGACUGUUUUGUAACUAUUUAAAUUUCAGACGAUUUAAACCUUUAAAAGCUCAUCUAGUGUAAUCGUUCAACUGAUUCAUUGCCAAUUCACAUGUAUUCUUGAUGGCCCUGAAACCCAGCCAGGGAAGCCAACAAGUGUCUCUUGUUUUCGAAUUGAAUUAUUGAUGUUUGUAAUACAAUGUUUAAGUUUAUUAAAAGACUCCCAGCUUUUUGUUCUAAACCUUUGUACUGAGCCUGUGACAUUUCAUUUUCGAGGCAAUGACCAUGGAAAAAGAAACACAGUUUGGAACUUGAAUGUUUUUAUUUGCAUUUUUAAUCAGUUAUUAUUAUAUAAAUAAAAUCUCUUGUGCGUAAAA